GCCAGAGUUCAGCAUGCUCACGGCGGAGCAGAUGAUCGCUUGUGCUAAAAUCAUUACUUUUUCUACUUUAUAGCUUGCUAAGCACUCUGGUCGAGACAUGUGGGUUUAAUAUAGAUUAAGUCAAUUGUAUUAAGCAUAAUAUUAUUUUAAAUAUAUUGCUUCAUAUAGUUAAAUCGGGAUGAAUGGGUCUCUUAAGCAGGAUAGCUUUAGCAGCUAGCCUGUUAGCUCACCGGUGAGCUGUCCUAUUUCGACCAAAGAAGAUCAACUUCCUUUUGGGUGAGAAUCACGACAGACCGCGGUCUUGCAGGCCUCAGUGGGUUUCUUUUGUAACCAGCGGCACUGUUGAAAGUCUAGAAGAAUGACAGACAGUGCCAGUCUUCAGUUUGUGAGCCCAUAUGCAUUCGAGGCCAUGCAGAAGGUGGAUGUGGCCAGACUUGCAGCUUUAAGUGACCCAGAGCUGCGUCUUCUUUUGCCCUGUCUGGUCAGGAUGGCUCUCUGUGCCCCUGCAGAUCAGAGUAAUGCCUGGGCACAGGAUAAGAAGCUCAUCCUGCGGCUGCUGUCAGGGGUGGAGGCGGUGAACUCCAUCGUUGCUCUGCUGUCUGUGGAUUUCCACGCUCUGGAGCAGGACGCUAGAAAAGAGCAGCAGCUAAGGCAUAAAGCUGGAGGAUCUAAUGGCGAGAGCAUUCUGGUCUCUCAGCUUCAGCAUGGUUUGACUCUGGAGUUUGAGCACAGUGAUCCUCUCAGGAGACUCAGACUAGCUCUCAGUGAGCUGCUGGCCAUUAUGAACAAGGUGGCUGACUCUAAUGGAGAGUUUUUCCUCAAGUCCUCUGAAUUGUUUGAGAGUCCUGUGUACUUAGAGGAAGUGGCUGAUGUUCUUUGCAUCCUACAAGCAGAGCUGCCAUCUUUGCUGCCCAUCAUUGAAGUGGCCGAGGCUCUUCUUCACGUGAGGAAUGGGGAGUGGUUCCUCUGCCUUCUGGUGGCAAAUGUCCCGGACAGCUUUAAUGAAGUGUGCAGGGGACUGAUAAAGAAUGGAGAGCGGCAGGACGAGGAGAGUGUUGGUGGCCGACGCAGGACAGAAGCUCUACGGCAGCUGUGUCAGAUGAACCCAUCUCAGGCUCUGAACAUCAGGGCCAUGGUGGUGGAAGAGUGUCAUCUCCCAGGCCUCGGUGUCGCUCUGACACUGGAUUAUAAGCCAGACAUGGCAGAUGAGGCGGUCAGUCCUCUGGUGUCAUACGUCAGUGGUUUGCUUCUAGGCACCAAUGGAAAAGUGCGCACAUGGUUCAGUAUGUUCAUUCGCAAUGGACAGCAGAGGAAAAGAGAGAGCAGUUCUGUGCUGUGGCAGAUGCGGAGGCAGCUGCUGUUAGAGCUGGUGGCCAUUUUACCCCGCUCACGCAGUACACACGUCCCCAACGACAGCGACAUGGACACAGAGAGCAGCUCAGGUUAUUCUGGCCUUCGGGAGGAGCAUGUGGUGAAGGCCAGUGCACUGCUACGACUCUAUUGCGCUCUGAUGGGGAUUGCCGGUCUUAGGCCCACAGAUGAAGAGGCGGAGCAGCUGCUGCAGUUGAUGACCAGUCGUCCACCAGCUACGCCUGCGGGAGUGCGCUUCGUCUCGCUGUCUUUCUGUAAACUGCUGGCGUUCCCCACUCUUGUCAGCACUCCAGAACAGGAGCAGCUGAUGGUAAUGUGGCUCAGCUGGAUGAUAAAAGAGGAGGAGUAUUUCGAGAGUGCUGCCGGAGUGUCGGCCUCUUUUGGAGAGAUGCUAUUACUGGUGGCCAUGUAUUUCCAUAGCAACCAGCUGAGUGCCAUCAUCGAGCUGGUUUGCUCCACCCUUGGGAUGAAGAUCGCCAUCAAACCCAGUUCACUGAGCAAAAUGAAGACUAUUUUUACUCAGGAAAUCUUCACUGAACAGGUGGUCACAGCGCAUGCAGUGAGAGUGGCAGUUACUAAUAACCUCAGUGCUAACAUCACUGGAUUUCUCCCCAUCCACUGCAUAUACCAGCUCCUGAGAAGCAGAGCCUUCACCAAACACAAAGUGUCCAUAAAGGACUGGAUUUUCAGACAGCUGUGCGAGACGACCACUCCACUUCACACUCAGCUGCUUCCUUUAAUUGAUGUUUACAUUAACUCCAUCCUGACCCCUGCUUCCAAGACCAACCCUGAGGCCACCAACCAGCCAAUCACAGAGCAGGAGAUCCUUAAUGUUUUCCAGGGCUUGGAAGGGGGAGACGGAGGGAAAGUUCGCUCUCAGUACACCAUCACCACCCAGUUGCUCAUUCUUUAUUACAUCCUGUCCUAUGAGGAAGCUCUGCUCGCUAAUACAAAGACACUCGCACUUAUGCAGAAGAAACCCAAAUCAUACUCUGCUGCCCUCAUGGUCCAGAUUCCCAUUAAACACCUCAUCCGACAGGCUCAAGGACUGCAGCAGGAGCUGGGAGUCUUGCAUUCUGCGCUUCUUCGUCUACUGGCCACCAACUAUCCUCACCUGUGCAUGGUGGAGGACUGGAUCAGUGAAGAGGAAGUGACCGGGACUCUGCCUUUGCUGAGGAAGAUGCUGCUGACAUCAUCAUCCUGCAAAUACUCACAAGCUCAGCUACGAGAGGCUUUCCAGAAUGUCCUCUCCGGUGGGCCGAGGCUGCUGCAUAUCCUGGAGCACCUGACGCUGCUCUCUGCAGGAGAUCUGAUCCCAUACGCAGAGGCUCUGACUGCUAACAUGGGGCUGCUUUUAGAGGACACCGUCUCUCGUAGGAUCCUACAGACUGUGAACAAACUCUGGAUGGUGCUUAAUACUGUCAUGCCACGCAGACUGUGGGUGAUGACAGUAAACGCUCUGCAAUCCUCAGUUAAGCUCCUCCGGCAGCAGAGAUACACACAAAAUGAUCUGAUGGUGGAUCCUCUCAUCGUCCUGCGCUGCGACCCUAGAGUCUUCAGGUGUCCUCCGUUAAUGGACAUCACACUUCACAUGCUUAACGGGUACCUGCUGGCAUCCAAGGCCUACCUGAAUGCCCACCUCAAGGAGACGGCUGAAUUUGAACGCCAGGGUCAAACUGUGUCAAACCUUGGGCUCGGUGGCCAACCUGAUGCACCUGAGGUCACCAGAGAGGAGCUGAAGAACGCUUUACUGGCUGCGCAGGACAGUGCAGCGGUGCAGAUCCUGCUGGAGGUGUGUUUGGCGUCUCCUCAGGAGGAGCUGCAGCUGUCAGGAGGUGGAGCAGGAGACAGUCUGUUGAGGUGCAUUCAGUCUGCUCCAGGUUUUCCCAUGCGGAGGCAGGUGGGAGACACGGGGGCCCAGGGGGGACGCAAGGCGGAGGGGGGUCUGCUCAGUGACCUGAGGGAGGUGCAGUGUCUCAUCUGCUGCCUUCUGCACCAAAUGUUCAUCGCAGACCCCAACAUCGCCAAACUAGUGCACUUCCAGGGUUAUCCACAGCCUUUGCUUCCUUUGACGGUGGCAGGAAUUCCUUCCAUGCACAUCUGUCUGGACUUUAUCCCAGAACUCCUCGCUCAGCCACAGCUGGAGAAACAGAUCUUCGCCAUACAGCUGUUGUCCCAUCUGUGCACCCAGUACGCCCUCCCCAAAUCCCUCAGCGUGGCACGUCUUGCCAUUAGUGUGAUGGGCACCCUUCUCACAGUGCUGACUCGUGCUAAGCGCUUUGCAUUUUUCAUGCCGACACUAUCGUGCCUGGUUUCGUUCUGCAAGGCUUUCCCUCCGCUCUUUGAUGAUGCCAUGUCACUGCUGGUUCAGGUGGGGCAGGUGUCUGCUGCUGAUGUCACCACCAAGGCCAGAGACAUCGACCCUUUCAUCACCAGGCUUCAGUGUCUGAAAGAGAAGCCACAGGAAAUAGCGCUAUCAGAAAGCAAACUCUGUCUACCCAAGAGAUCAGCAGAAGAGCUGAGCAGAGCCGAUCCGGACGUCCAGCUGUGCUAUCAGAUAGAGGCCACUUUCAUGGACAUCAUCAGCUCCAGCACACAGGCAUUGUGACACAAACACACACAGAAUGGGUUCAUUUAGUGUUUUGUACCAUGUUACAGGACUCUGGGUCAUGGAAAUCUAUUUUAGAGGGUAUGAAGCAUUAUAAUGCGACAGCUGUCAGAGCAGCGGUUCAGUUUAAAGGGAUAGUUUACCCAAAACUGAAAAUUCUGUCAUCAUUUAGUUAUUUUUAAUAAAUGUGGAAACCUGUAACCAUUGACUUCCAAAGCAUUUUUUUCCUGCUAUGGAAGUCAAUGGUUACAGGUUUCUAACAUUUUUCAAGUUAUCUUCUUUUGUGUUCAACAGAAAAAGGAAACUCUAAAACCACUUGGGAGUGAGUAAAUUAGUGAGUAAAUUUUGAGUUUUGUGUGAACCGUCCCUUUAAGGUCCGUCUAUUUAAAAAACACUGAACAUGAGUUCUCUGUUUAAAUUCUACAUAUUUGGCAUCCCAAAUACCACAAGUGAUGAAAACCUCUGGAAUGAAGGUAAGGAAGGAAAGUAUAAUUUGAUACAGUUUCAAGUAAACUGUACUUAUACAGUGUUUAUGAAUAGUCAAAUCACUGAGUGCCAUUUUUAAAAACAAAAGACACGAUGAACUGAGAGAUGAAAAUAAGAUUGCAAUUUCAUAUUCUGUUGCCAGAGAAAAACCACUGUCUAUAUUUGAGUUAAAAUCACAUUUGACUUUCCUGGAAGAGUCUUAAGUGAAUUGGAUGGCAGUUUUCUGAAGGAUUUGCGGAAUUCAGGUCACAAAGCAACUUGCUGUAGAGGUAGAGAUUUUUCCAAACAGUGUGUACUAGUUUGUUAGUUGAGUGUGUGACCAGUUGUGUCAAGGACACUUAGCAAAUGAUAUUAUUGGUCUGUUUUCUAGACCAGCUUUUUUUCUUUUGGAUCAAAUUCACCUUUUCUUAGAGUGUAACGUCUGCAUUUUUGUUUGUUAUCUUGAUUUUGUAUACAUGUUGAUCUAACGUUUUGAACUUUUGUAUUAAAACAUGUUUUCGGAAA